CACACCAACGGUUUUCCAAACACCGGUACAUACCCAAAACCUAACCUCAAACACAAGAAAAAACGAAAAAAAAAAAUUGAGAGAACACUCAGUGUGGUGAGCAGUGUUUCUAGUGAACAGUGUAAUGUGAUUUCCCCGCGAUGACAACCAAAAAGAAUUCCUAUUCCAACCCGGCUUUCUGCCAGCAGAGCGAAUUCCAAAACGGCCGACCGCCCAACGUUUCGAGCCCUCAGGGCAGCGUCAGGCGGUCACCCUUGGGGGCCCUGACCAUUCCCAAAGUGUCGGACAUCGAAGAAGGUCUGGGGGAACAGGAGUUCUACGAGGAAGUGGUGGUGGACGCUGAGGGAUUCAUCACGGACAAGAAGUUCGUGGUGGUCGCCCAAAAUAACGAAGGAAAGAAAUACAUACAGGUGCCUCAGAGCGAAGAUAGGCUUGGUAGCAGAUAUGGACUACCACCUACCGAAGACCCUAAACAGGGCAGCAGAUACGCCCCUCCACAAUUCAGACAGAAGGAAGCCAAAAUCACCAGAACCCAAAGUAUGCGGUACGAGUACAUCCAGAUGCAAGAACAAGAUUCGAGAAUGGCAACACUGAAAACAACACCCAGGAAGAUACGGUACCACGACGAUAUGGAAAUCACACCAUCAAGUCGGGUACAUCGAUACGCUGUGAUAGAACCUGAAGAGGAAACCGAAUUGACAUCUAACAACACAAGGUACGCCUUGGUACCAGUAGACCAGCUAAAUAACCUCGUAGCUGCACAACCAACCGCACCUCGCCAAACCAAAAACAGAUACGAAUACAUCCAGGACCACCAAAUGCCUCAGGCACCACCUCAGAGCCCCAGCAGAUACGACUACAUCCCCAAUCAGCCCAAGGCUCACAGCCCCAGCAGAUACGAUUACCUUCCCGAUCACCCAAAAGCCCCAGCAGUCAACCAGAGCCCCAGCAGGUACGACUACCUCCAGAAGCCCCAGCAAGGUAGCCCCAGCAGACAGGUACGCUACGAGUACCAGCGGCAGCCUCCCAGAGGCAAUCCCAUAGCUACCCAAAAGCUCCACGAGCUUCUCAGCACCCCUAGGAAGCCUCUGCAGACCAGGAACCAAGUGACCUCGCCCCCGGCAGCCAGGAGAUUAGCAUCGCCUCCUCUGUCGCCGAUUCUUAGCGAGUUCCAGGUCAAGACUCCUCCGAAGCCGAGAGGCACUACCCCCAAGGCCCAGCAGAAGCUGAACUACGCUCUUGGUACGAGACAGCUGGCGCAGCAAGACAAACGAUCUACCGCCAUAGUAGCCCCGAUGUGCUCUAGCCCGAUUCAAUCGGUCUACAGCGAAACGACCUACUCGAAAUCGGGGUCGUGGUUGAAUUUGAGCGUGAAGCAAGCUCCUGCGCAGGCGUGGUUGUCUUUGGUGGCGAUGUUGAUGUUUGUUACCGGUGCGGUGACGGCGGGGUUGUGUUUUUAUAUGAUUUCGAACAUGGGGAGGCAGUACUUUUUGGACUUUGGGGCGGUGGCGGGGUUCACGUGUCUGGUGUUGGGGUUGCUCGGGUUCAGGAGCAGGAAGGUGUCUUGGUUGCCCAACAGGAACUAUAUUUCAGGCUACCUGGUGCUCAGCCUGCUCAGCCUGCUAACCUGCGGCGGGCUGCUGGUGCUGCUGCUGAAACAGCCCCGCCCAGGCACGCCCCUCGCCGACAUCGCGUCGGGGGCGGUGUGCGGCGUGGCGGUGCUCUGCCUCCUGAUGGCCGCCACCGGGGUGGUGUCGAGCUACUGUUGCCGAUACCCGCCGCCAGACAACCGGGUGCAGCAUUGCGCCGAAGGGUUCGCGGUGUGAAUGGUAUACGGGGUGUUUCAUAAAGUCGGGACCAUAUGGGAAAAGAUUUUGAUAACGAUUCAUUUCGGAUUUUUGGGCGUCAAGUUUUGUUUUAAUAAAGAUGAAAAAUAGACUGCUAGCUCGGUUGGGGUCACACUACAUCUCAAAAGUUCAUUUUUUUCAAAAUAUUCGCUCAUUUGUAAGAAUUUCAAAGAAGUUUACUGAGAAAAGGUGUUUUUCUGCAACCGACACAAAAGUCAUCCAUUUUGACACCAA